UGUUGACUUUUCUAUCAGAUCAAUCAUCAAUCGCGUCCGAGAAUACUAACUUUAUCUGAAAGAAAAAUAAUUAGGAAUGAAGAGGAAAUCCACCGAAACUUCAACAGGCAAACAUCCAAAGAAGAAAGGAAAAUGCAUUACAGAAACUAAGUUGAAAGAGAUGAUAUCAAUAUUUUUAAGUGACAAAAAACAUUCAAAUAUAUUGAUUGAUAUUCUAGCUCAAUUUCAGAAACCCUCAGAAACUCCGGCAACAUGUGUGAAUGCUGUAGAAAGUAUAUUUACCGAAGUGUUAAAGAGAAAGGAUAUGGCUGUCACAGACUCAGAGAAUUCCAGUGAAGCUGAAAGCCAGUACAAAGAUUGGUUAAGAGACUGUUAUGAGGAGGCUUGGUCAAAAUUAUUGAUCUGCUUGGAAAAGGGAAAAUCAGAAUGCAAGUUACAAUCACUAAAUACAUUAUUUAAGUUGUUGUCGAUAGAAGCUAAAUUUCCUGUGAUAAAAUUGAAAAAGAAGAAAAAGAACAAUGUUGGUUUUCCCUUACACAGAUUGAAGGAUAUGCUGACAUCUUUAUACCAGUCGCACACUCUUAGUGAGGAGGUCCUGAAAAGACUAUCAGAACUGUUCAACUACAAGGACGUUGAGAGUAACUUGUGGUUGGCGGCAGACGGCGUGUGUAAAGCAGUUACCCAGCAAAACUCUACGGAGAAAACACUUUGGAAUCUACUCCUGGUUUUGUCUAAACUACCAAAACUGAAAAAGGGCUCUGAAAUAGUCUUGUGUGAUAUUAAAAAUGGAGUGCCAGAAGAGAGGUUAGUGCAGGCUGCUGUAGAGAGAGUGUGGAAGAAGCUGUCGGGUUUGCAGUGUUCGCCUCGCACUCAUCAGCUGUUGAUGGUGGUAUUGGUGGAACACAUCAUGCCCAGGAUGGACAACAUUAUCUUCCUCACAGACUACUUGAUGGACGCCUUGGAACGGGAUGAAUGUGAAAUCAGCAUGAUUGCAUUACAAGGUAUAUUCAACCUGGUCCUCAAACACAACAUUGAGUAUCCUGACAUAUUUGGGAAGCUGUAUCAACUAUUCACUCCAGAAGCACUCAAAGCAAAGUAUAAAGCUCGUCUAUUUGCUCUUGCUGACGAGUUUCUAAGAUCCACACAUCUACCGCUGGCCCUGGUGGCAGGGUUUGCUAAGCGCUACGCUCGUCUGCUGCUGCAUGCUUGUCCACCUGAUCAGGUAGUGCUGUUGUCAUCUAUGGCCAACCUGUUGAUACGUCACCCGGACCUGAAGCCUCUCUAUCACAACCCUGGUGGAAAAGAUGUUGCGGAGGAUCCGUACGAUGAGGCGGAGAAGGACCCUGUGAAGAGUGGAGCACUCAGCAGCCAACUGUGGGAAGUGAAGCUGAUGCAGCACCAUCACAGUGACAGGGUCAGCAGACUGGCGAUGGUCAUCAGCAAUGAUCUGCCUUCUGUGGAGUACUCCAUGGACCCCGUGCUGGACCUCACCUGGGAGAAGAUGAUUGAGAAGGAAAUCAAAUUUUUGGAGAAGAAAAUUCCUCAAGUUGCAGCGAAAUUCCAAGACAAACCUCUCUCAAGCAAGAUGGAAGAAGCAAGGCAGAAAGAAAUUAGCUUAUUAUGGGCUGAUUUCAAUAAAUACUUUGUUUGUUAGUAUCUUUAUUUGAAUGUUUCAUCAAAUAUUGUAUCUGUUAAUUUUUGUAACUGACAAAAAAUUUAUUGAUUCUA